AUGUUGGCCGCUGUAGGGAACCGCGCUGCUGGUGGCGCUGCGGCAUCGCGCCGUAAGGGCAACGAGAGCAAGAAGGACAACAACACGCAGACGGAUGUGCGCAUCAGCAACAUCACAGCCGCCAAGGCCGUAGCGGACUGCAUCCGCACCUCGCUUGGGCCACGUGGCAUGGACAAGAUGAUCAUUAACCCGAAGGGGGAGACGAUCAUUAGCAACGACGGCGCUACGAUCCUGUCGCGGCUGCAGGUGACGCACCCGUGCGCCAAGAUGCUGGUGGAUCUAUCCAAGGCCCAGGACAUCGAAGCUGGCGACGGCACAACGUCUGUUGCGGUGCUGUGCGGCGCCCUUCUGCGCGCCGUCGAGGAGCUGCUGAACAAGGGCAUUCACCCGACGCAGAUCUCGGAGAGCUUCAACGAGUGCGCCAAGCUGGCAGAGAAGGUGCUGGAGGACAUGAGCAUCAAGAUUGACAUUGAGGACCGUGACACACUUAUCAAAGCGGCCAUCACGUCGCUCAACUCGAAGGUCAUCUCGCAGAACAGUGAUCUGUUGGCCCCGAUGGCGGUCGACGCCGUGCGCAAAAUCAUCCGCAACAACGGUGACGUCGACUUGCGCGACAUCCGCGUCACGUCUGCGCUGGGAGGGACGAUUGACGACACGGAGCUGAUUCAGAACGGUAUGGUGUUCAAGCAGAAGGCGUCGCGCGUUGCUGGCGGGCCGGUGCGUAUCCAGGAUGCCACGAUCGCGCUCAUUCAGUUCCAGCUUUCGCCACCCAAGACAGACAUGGAGAGCACCGUCACCAUCACCGACUACACGCAGAUGGACCGCGCUCUCAAGGAGGAGCGUAAGUAUUUGCUGGGCCUCUGCAAAGCAAUCAAGGACGCCGGCGUGAAUGUGUUGUUGGUACAGAAGUCAGUGCUGCGUGACGCCGUUACGGCGCAGUCGCUGGAUUUUCUCGCCAAGAUGAAAAUCAUGGUGGUGACGGACAUUGAGCGCAGCGACAUCGACUUCAUCACGAAGACGCUCGGCUGCAUGCCGGUGGCGAACCUGGAGAACUUUACCAAGGACAAAUUUGGCCACGCCAAGACGGUCGUCGAAGAGGGCACGCCGAGCGGCAAGGUGAUCAAAAUCAUGGGCGUGCAGGCGCCGCCCCCGUCGUCACUGAACCGCGAGCUGUUUGGCAAGACUGUGUGCUUCUUUCUACGCGGUAGCAACAGCCUCAUGCUCGAGGAGGCCGAGCGCGCCCUGCACGACUCCCUCUGCGUGAUUCGGUCCAUUGUGAAGAAGCGCGCCAUCAUGCCUGGCGGCGCGGCUGGCGAGAUUGAGGUGUGCAUGCAGCUUGGCAAGUACGCGCGCGAGCGGGCGGAGGGGAUACAGACGUUCUGCAUGCGGUCGUACGCAGACGCCUUCGAGAUUAUUCCGUACACACUGGCCGAGAAUGCCGGGAUGCAGCCCAUCUCGAUCGUCACAGAGCUGCGCAACGCCCAUGCGUCUGGGCACGUGAACAGCGGCGUGAAUGUGCGCAAGGGGUGCGUGACGGACAUGGUCGAGGAGAAUGUGGUGCAGCCGCUGCUUGUGUUGACCUCCGCCGUGCGCCUUGCCUCGGAGGCGGUGAUGAUGAUCUUGAAGAUCGACGACAUCAUCAUGACGCGUAUCUGA